GUUAUGUUAUAAGAAGAUUAAAAACUGCUUCUUUGGAAGGAAGCUAAUUGAAAGAAACAAUGAAGACUUUACUCUCUUCAGAAACCCAGCAAUUUUACCUUCCAAAGCCAUCUCUGCGGAAUCCAAGAACCGCAACUAUCCUCCCUGCAAUCAUCAAAACCCAUAAACAAAACCAAUCAUGGAAGCUGCACGCCAAUGCCAAAGGAUUUUCCGGCACACCACCGGUCAAAGAUAGUGCAGCCAAGAAGAGCUCAAACAAUAAAAACAACAAAAGUGAGGACGAGGAAAUUCCCCAGGUAGUGUUCGAGAGGAUGAUAAGGAGGAUUUUGGUAUCGGUGGGAGUUCCGAUGGCCACUGGCUUGGCUUUACUGCACCUGUUUGGCGAAGCAAAAGAUCGAAACUUGUGGGACGUGCCGUUGUGGUUGCCGUUCUUAACUACACUCAUAACGUUUGGGGCAUCGACGCUUGGGAUUGCUUAUGGGACGUUGUCUUCCAGUUGGGACUCGGAGAGGAAGGGUUCGUUGCUGGGAUUGGAAGAAGCUCAACGCAACUGGGUUGAAAUGUGGAAAGAGGAAAAUAAUGGGCAGUGGUGAUUGUAGUAGAAUCAUAGAUAACG